AUGGGGGCCCGAACGCAGGUGACCCAGACGACGCCCGCGCGCACGGCGCUGCAACACUUCUCGACACCCUUCUUCCUCAUACCGCAGGGGACCGGCAUCACCGCCGUCAUCCUCCACGAGAUACAGUACCAGUUCACCGGCCUCCAGACCAUCUCCGUCGUCUUCUGGAUGAUCAACAUUGUCACCCUCCUGCUCUUCAGCCUCAUCCUCUUCUCGCGCAUCGUCCUCGAACCCAAGGCCUUCUUCCGCGGCGUCGGCACCGACCCCUCGCAGGCGUCAUGCCUCGCCAGCAUCAGCGUCUCCUUCACCGUCUCGGUCAUGAUGGUCUCGCUCGUGGUCGUGCCGAGCUGGGGCGGUAGGAGUUGGGCGAACGCUGUUUAUGCGAUGUGGUGGGUGGCCGCGGGCCUCGCGACAGCGUGCUGCGUCGGCGUCCCGCUCCUCUUCCUCAAGGCUAUACGGGCGCAGGGCGGCUUCGUGGAGAGCCUGACGCCGACGACGCAGCUGCCCAUCAUUGCCGCGCUGACAGCGGCAGCGGGGGCGGGCACCAUAGCGAGCUCGGCUUCGGCUCAUUUGGAGCGCGACCAGCUUGUCCCCAUGCUCAUCAUGGGGUUCCUCCUCGUCGGCCUGGCGCUGCCGCUCGCCGUCAUGCUGGACGUCCUGUUCCUGAUACGCAUGCUCCAGCCGCACGAGGGGAAUACGGCCGGACCGCUGCCAGCCACACUCAUCUACACGGACAUGGUGCUCUGUGGUCCGUGGGGUCAGGCCAGCUUUGCCCUGCAGUCGCUGGGCCAAGCCAUGACCAAGUUGAAGCCCAUCUCGGGCCCCUAUCCGUCACCAGAAUCCGCCGUCUUUGUGUCGCAGCAGGCUGUCGCGCCCAUUGGCUAUGCCAGCAUGCUGGGUGGCAUUGUCGCCUGGGGCCAGGCCACCUUUUGGUGGACGUUUGCCGUCUUCUGCAUCGGGCGCGUGAUUCUCAAGGUGAUCAGGAAGCGUGAGCCGUUUCCUUUUGCUAUCCCAUCCUGGUCGAUUGUGUUUCCCUGGGGUGUUUACACCAACUCCACUGUCCAGCUGGGCAAGCUCCUCGACUCGCCGGUGUGCAGGGUAUGGUCUACGAUUUUGGUCAUCGUUCUGGUCAUCCUGUGGCUCACCUGCUCUGCGUUGACGCUGCGCGGCGUGUUUCGAGGGACAUUGCUGGGGCUGCGCAAGGGCUGGAAAGUGGCGCCGGCUCAAAAUGGAGCAGCGUGA